AUGUCUUCCGAUCAUACACAAUAUUUUACAGACGACCCAUAUUCUCAAACUCAAUAUUCAGAUAUAGAUCGUUCUGAAACUCCGCUCUACCUCGAAGAAGAUCCAUACAGCUCUACUGAACAACCAUUCUGGCCAGGAAGAGCUUCAUAUCCCGUACACAGUUCAUACAUGAUAAAUCAACCACUUUCAUUAAACGGAUUGUCCAUUAAUGGUGCCAGAAAUGGAUCCAUAUCGUAUCCAUAUCCGGAUAUUUCACAACCUCCAUCAGCACCAUCAUCACAAAGAAAUCGUCAUUACCAAAACCGCAUGCAACAGCAAGUACAAGACAGAUCUUCCGGUUUUAUGAAUAAAGACUCUCAUUUCCCUAUCAUUCCUCAAGAAUUGGAUGAAUAUUCCCCACCAAUGAUGUAUUCUCCUCCUGCUACAAUUCCACUAGAGAUUAACCAGAACAAUAUGAAAAGCAACGCAAAUGGGAAUGUCAAUGCUAGUGAUUAUAAUAAUGGUAACGUUAUAUAUAAAUUUACCCCCGCCAUGGAGCAAGCCAUUAAUAAUACAGCCGCUGCCGUGGCGAAUGCCUCUACUCCCAUGAUACCAAUGACUCAACUGAAUGAUCCAUUAGAUUUUAUUUCAGCACCAAGUAGAACAGUUUAUUUGGGGAAUAUUCCAUCUAAUUUGACUGUAAAGGAAUUGUUAGAUCAUGUUAGGAGUGGUGUCGUGGAAGAUGUCAAGAUUAUCCCAGAGAAAUUAUGUGCAUUUAUUUCCUUUGUAGAUGAAAGUUCUGCGCUAUUAUUCCAUUCUGAUGCCAUCUUGAAAAGAUUAAAUAUUGGUGGCAAAGAUAUUAAGAUUGGUUGGGGGAAACCUACUACCGUGGAUCCAAUGAUAUCUGCACGCAUAAUUAAUGACGACGCAACAAGAAAUGUAUUUAUUGGUCAUUUGAAUAAGACUGAUAAUGAUUCAUGCACUAAAGAACCCAUUACAGAGGCUAAAUUAAGGGAAGAUUUAGAGGAUUUUGGUGAAAUCGAAACAGUCAAGAUUAUUCCAGAGAAGGGAAUUGCAUUCGUUCACUUUUCCUCCAUUACUAGUGCCAUUAAAUGUGUCCAUAAUUUACGUUCCAUGAACCCAUACUAUGAAAAUAAAAAAAUUGCGUAUGGGAAGGAUAGAUGUGCAUUUAUUACUAAGACUCAACAACAUAAUGCUGCUCAAUUUCUGGGUGUACAAUCAGGUAUGGAGAAUAUGGCUAAAUUUUCAGAUAGGAAAUUUAUUUCUAAUGCUUUAUUGCAGCAAUCAGCUGCAGCUGCUGCCAUUGCUACCGCGGCAGGUGGACCCAACAAUCUGGGUAAUAGAACCGUGUAUCUAGGUAAUUUACCCAAGGACAUUAAGAUUGAAGAGAUAUGUAAUGUAGUGCGUGGUGGGUUAUUACAAAGCGUGAAGCUUUUAUCUGACCGUUACGUUUGUUUUGUCACAUUCAUCGACCCCACAGCUGCUGCGCAAUUCUAUGCAAUGAGUUCGUUACAUGGCUUAACCAUUCAAAAGAAACGUUGUAAAGUAGGGUGGGGGAAGCACUCCGGUCCUCUACCAAAUGCAUUGGCCCUCGCUGUCAGCAAUGGUGCAUCCAGAAACGUUUACAUCGGUAACAUCAAUUUCGAAAAGGAUGCCAUGAGAGACCCACGUAUUUUCACAGAAGACUCAUUAAGGAAACUGUUCAGACAAUAUGGUGAAGUGGAACAAAUCAAUUUCCUCCCAGAAAAGAACUGUUGCUUUAUCAAUUUCACCAACAUCAGCAAUGCCAUUUUGGCGCUAGACAAGAUCAAGUCCAACCCUCACUUUGAGGACCUGAAGAUCAACUUCGGGAAGGACAGAUGUGGAAACGUGCCCCACCAGGUGCGCUAA